AUGGCUUAUUGCAGACGAUGCGGUGAAUUAUGUCGCUCAGACAGUUGCAAAAAAUGCGGAAGCUCGUCACUGACUUCCUCGUCCACGUUCUUAAAGUCAUCCAUUGAUCGUUGGCAGUCAAGUUAUCUCGGGAAUAUUGUCGGUCUUGACCCCAGGCCGAUCCGAAAAUCCGAAUCCACCUCGAUCGCAGGGUUCUUGAUGGAUAAUAACCAUCGUAUCUUUCAUCCGGAUUGUGCAACUCAAAUACCCGUUUCCCUCAAAUGUGGCGGUUGUUCUAGCAGCAUUACAGAUACCUAUGUUUCCGUCAACAACUGCGCGUUUCACAUCAAAUGUUUUCAAUGCGUAUCCUGUGCAAAAUCCUUGUAUCCAUCUACAAUUUAUGCCGAUAUGGAGGGCGCUCAUUGCCAAGCUUGUAUUUCUGAGAAAUUUCCAGAGCUGGAUAACGCUGCCUUGUCGCAUCACGUAAAAAUCGUGCCGCAACCCCAAACGCUUUCGUCCGGUACCAUGUUAUCGGCCAUCACAUCGGAAGGGUCCAUCAGUAGUAGUGCAGCGACCAGUCGUUGUACCAGUCCUACUGAUAGCAGCAUGCCCAGUUCAGCGAGUUCACCCUGCAUUCUCUCACCCACCGUGGCCAGAGGAGCUUCUUCAUUAAUGAGUUCUCGCGAUCGUCCGCUUCCCAAAUUCGGCACCUCAAAGACAUGCCCGGGUUGCCAAAAACGGAUUCUGUCAGUAUACGAAGAAAAAACAGGGCCCUUAGCAACACGUUGGCAUAGCAAAUGUUUGGCGUGUACUCGAUGUUCCAAGGCGUUGGAUUCCGCCGCCGUGUUACAAAAGGAUGAAGUCGGUAGUCAAAAACCAUGGUGUACCGCUUGUUUGGCAAGACAUGAGACCUAUUAA